AUGGCUGUUCCUAUGGACUAUACCUCAUCCACUGUCGUUCGGUCCUAUGAGAUCGUCUCCUUGCUGUUGCUCGUGCUCGGUAUUCUAUACGUGUGGCAGAGCCGAAACCCUGUCUAUACAGGCAUCUACUUGGCUUCUUCCAUCGGUGGCGGUGUCAUGGAAUGGAUCUUCGACAGCAAGUGGUACUUCAGAUUGACCAUCGACUACAAAUUCGUCCCGGCAUGGGAAAUGGCUGGCGAGGUCGCACCUGUUGCUAUGGUGCUGUUCUAUGCUUUCUUCUUUGGCAUUCCUUUGGUUAUCUUGAUAGACCAUAAGGCUACUUUGGAGCGAAGCUUGGGGAAACUCGGUACACACCUCUUUGUGAUUGCGCUUGGAACCUUCGGGACUCCUGCCUUUGAAUGUCUCAACACCUCCGUCACUCACAUAUACAAGUACCACCAGCGGGAGGAUUAUCUGUUUUAUGGAAUGCCAUACUCCAAUUUCUGGUUUGGUGCAUUAAUGGUCAGAGAUCCCCUCCGCCCUCCCGCUGCUUUCGCAUCGCGAUGA